UAAAUCUAAAAUCAUACCUAUUUCUUAAUUUUUUUUAUUCAAUUUUUUAUCACUUAUCCUGUUGGGAAAUAACCAGUGUUCUUUUUAUACUAAUAAAUAUUGUCGAAUUGUUUUACUUUUAUUUGUACUGAAACAAUAGUAUUUGAAGCAGUAUAUGCAAACUAUUAUUUAAAAACCAAUGAAUUGUGUCCUUAGAAGUUUCAAGAUUUUUCUCAACUAUGCUUAAUCAUUACUUUAAUUGAUAAUGUUCCGUUCCACCAAAUAAAUCUCGUGGAAAAUUUCCACUCGCCUUGUGUUAUAGGAUGGAUCCCAAACAAGAUACAUUUAAUGAGACAGUCUCUACAUUAUUAGAACGCAAGGUUCGUGGUUGGCUAAGUGGUGUUAUUGACGACAUGCGCCGUAGCAGUCCUGUACAGCAGUGGUUAGAUUCAUUGCCAGAAUCAGGACCACCUGAAUCUGAAAUUGUUGAAAGUGAGAAUGUGGAAACUGAAAAAUUAGAAAUUGGAUCAACAUCAAAAACAAAAACAAAUGAAAAGGCAGAUGAUUCAAUUACCGAAAAUACUGUCAUAGAAAUUGCUAAUGAUAUUUUACAAGAUGACAAGAUUUUGGAGGUUCCGGAACAAAAUGAAUGGAAAAGAAAAUCUUUGGAAAGUGGUGUACUUAAUACAAAGAAGAAUGCUCAAACGAAAUUGCAAAGAGACUUCUCAGUUCAAUCGGAGGGAUGUAGUCCUAGGUUAAAGAAUCCUUUACUAAGAGACCAUUCACUUCAGUCAGAUGGAAGUGGUUCAAGCGGAAGUUCGAUACUGAAUGUUCUAGGAGCAAGGAGAGUGGAUGCAGAAUCUGUGCUUCUAGCAUUAGGAUUUGGACCAAGUGAAAAGCAGCAAAAAUUGCAGAGAAUACCUGAUAGAUUUUUAAGGCCAUCAAAACUGAAGGGAAUAAGCACAGAACAAUUUAUCAAGCAUGAACAACAUUCGAUGAGAAUGCAUGACUGUGGAGUAUUUGGAUAUAGAGGCCUUACAGGGAAUCCCCAUGUACCACCAUCGACAAUUGUAGCUAAGAUUAUAGAUUGUCUUUUACAAGAUGAAGUCUGCCGCGAAGAAGCGCUGAUGAAGACCAGACAUUCGAUCGCGGACAUGAGGAGUGCGCCCGCGAUCCACGCACAUAUCCUCGCCAGACUUAGAAGUACAUAAUAUAUCUAAAAAGUAUCAAAACUAUAUUCUGAAUCAAACAAAGUAUCAACCAUGUUUCUUGCAAAUUCUUGAAGUCAUACUUCUUUUAGGAAGGUUAGGGAAAAAUUAUCAUAGUGAAUUUUUACGAUGUGUCAACUAGACCAUUUGUAUCAUACUUAAUAAUUAUUUGUUGUAAUAAUAAUUUCAUUAGUUUUAUGUAUUACUUCUUUUACAAUAUUGUUCUUUCUACAAAUCUAAAAUAGCACGAGAAAUUAAAUUUUUAAGGGGUUUUUACGACAAAGAAGGAUAACUUCUUUCGUGCGUACAUAAUUGCAUACACUUUUUUUUUUUCGAAAAUAAGCAAACAAAUUUUCGUAUUCUGGCCGAAUGCUUGAUAAGCAAGACCCAUAUGUCGGACUCAUAUCGAUAUCCAUUUCCGACUUAAAACUUCCUCUACGCUGUUGGCUUAUAGCUUUUUUAGCGAUAUCUUUGUAAGUUUUAUUAUCGGGCUUAAAUAUACGGAUCAGUCUUAUAAAAAUUAUGUACUUAAUCAAUGUACUGACACGAAUACAAUUUAAAUGCUGAAUCUCAAAAAUGUACUUACUAUAUAAUAUAUAUAAAAAAUGUACGAAAGCUUAGUACAUUAUCGUAUUAGCACUACAAUACAAAAAUGGUUACUUAAAUAAACGUAGGUAGAGCUAUUUAACCUUAACCAUAAUGUAUAAGCCAGUGGCUCGUAUUAUACUGCCUUUCUGGUACUUAUUUUGAAUAAAAGUUUAAAAAGAUAUGCAGGCGGGGGCGACUUCUCUGUAUGUCUAUAAAACGUGACCAAUCCCCGUGGUAUAAAGUAAUCGCACAGCACAACACUUAAGUUACUAAUUAGUAAUUAUAUUGAGGCGGUUCUGCCAAUGCCAAUCUAAUCGUGCGCGUUCGUGUCGGCAGCAGUUUCUAGCGGUUUUGUUUUAUAAUACAGCUGACGCGAAGUGGUUCCCAUUCUUCCCAUCUACCCCAGGUGAAGCGCGGUUACGCUUAAGAUUAGGCAUUUUAAGUAAAUGGCGCGUGCACAUAAAAAAAACGUAAAUCACCUAAAUAAAACAAUUUUCCAUAAUAUAAUUUCAGAACAAGUGUAAGUAAUCUAGUAGCCGCGCGAACGUAGGCACUGAUACCUACUUGUCCCACGCCGCACCAUAGCCGUUCAUAACUCGUAGAUGAUUAAUAUUUUUUCAUUUAAGUAUGUUUUAAAGCAGUCAGGGUAAAUAAAAAAAAAUCCCAAAUCACUUUAUGUAACAGAUUUUACAAUUACAACUUUCAAAUGGUAAUAUUUUAACACUGCAGAAUAAUUAUUAAUGUAAUCCCGAGUAACACAUUUAUAUACCUUACGCCAUCCCCACUCAUCUACUCGCCUCAAACUUCACAUCGCUACACUAGCGCCUCCUCUCCGCCACUCGCUCCUCACUUCACUUUACUCGUUACGACGUCUAAUUAUUUUGUUUGAAAACUUCAAUUAUUGAUUUUAUAGAUUUUUUAUGAUUACGGUUAAGUAGUUCUACUUGUGUAUUUACAAAUGAACGUGGCGCUGCAUUUAUCUGUCGCCUUUGUAGCGUCACGCUGUAUAUAUUAUAUUACUAUUAGCCAUAGAAAUGCCACUUUUGCGUGUUGGCUAAAAUAUUGCUUCCAUGGCACUGUAUAAAUACCACUGGACAGGCUGUUCCAUAUGUUUGACGGUAAUUUAUUUGUAUCUCUUUGAAGCGCCACCCGCGAGCGUCCAGAGAACUAGUUUUGACCUAUAAUACAAAUGGCUGCGAGAGAAGCGUACUAUACUCUGAAGUAUUUUUGCAUUUUGAAAUAAUUUCGGUCGUUUUCCUUGUUAUUUAUACUUCAGGAGUAAACAUAAUAAUGUACACAAUUUUUUUGUAAAUAGUUUAUCACAAUCUGUCGAUGUUUGCUGAGGUUGUCAUCACUAGUUUUAGUUUCGCAGACUCUCGCUACAUGGCCAGCAGCGCCAAAAUGGCGAAUAUCAAACAGGAACAAAAUCACUUUGACAGCCGCCAGUCCAGUGGUAAAUAGUAGGGGUCAGUGUUCCAUAAUGUCUGUGUAGUUUUAUCGAGUUUUUGGCUCGCACGUUCCAUUAAUUCUUGAGUUGAGCAUUUCAUGUAUGUUAAACCAGAUUUAAAUAGAAUUUUUUACUGAUGUUACAAAUCUCGUUAAAUGUCAUAUUUUGGCCAUGUUUUUGUUUGAAUGUUAGUUUUUAUUUUAAAUGCUUUAGAUUUUUUAGCAGUUAAGUAGUUAAUUAAAGUUCAAUGUUAAUGUUUUUAACUAAUGUAUAUUUUGUGUCAAUUUGUUAAAUUUACGUGCACGCUUGCUCAUUCUUAUUGAUCAAGCUGUUAAAAUACUUGAUUCCAUAUAAACGACUAAGAAAUAUUUUGUUUAGGCGCUUUAAGUCUUAAAUUCCAAUCGCUUGUAUUGGUUUCAAAAUGAAUGUCAGUUAACCGCGAACUUCAAGUUCAUAGUGUAUGUUUUCUAGUGAAGAAUAUCAUGAAAUUUUGAUUUUAACCUCGUCAAUAAAUAGGUAAAAAAUAUUUAUUUAAAUCGGCUUUACUUACGAUUUAUCUGUACAGACAAUUUUCGGAUCAGCUUCGAGCAAGUUGCGGCUUGACAGAUCAGGGGGGCGCAGUACGAGCGCAUACCUGUAGUGCGAGACGGGGCGUAACCGCGAACUCACUGCAUAAACCCUGAUGCAGGACGCCCGAAUGGUUCGAAACUAGUCGCUACUAACUCCGAUGAAUCAUGUCGAUUUAAAUAAAUAGAGUUAUUAAAUUCCCGCGGCAGUUAUAACAAUUUUAAGAUAAUAUUUUGGAUACGACGUAUAGUCUCCGAAAUAUUAAGCUGUUCAGACUUUGACGUCACUACGCUACAUUAAAUCACAGCGGUGCGUGAUAUUAUGACGUCAGAGAAUUUUUGCAGCGCAUAUAAAUAAUAUAACGGCAGUACUACGCGUUACCACACAGGCUUAGUGAUAUUCAGCAUUGUGGGCCGAAGACUUAUGUAACAAAUUAUGUCGUAAAAUUAGUAUAUCAUAUCACUGUCACUUUUUGUCGAAUGCGACAACCAAUCCCUUUUCAGUACCGCAUUAAUGGUAAGCUCAUAAGUAGACGAAAUUCAAUGAAAGACCUGGGUGUGACAUUUGACCAAAAGCUUACCUUUCACGACCAUAUAAUAACAGUCACUCAAGAGUCCUUUAUGAGACUGGGUUUCGUAUUAAGGAAAGCGCGCGAUUUCCACAGCGUCAAUAUUAUACAACUGCUUUACAGUACCCUUGUGCGUAGUAAGCUUGAAGCGAGCUCGUGCGUAUGGAAUCCCUACGAAGUAACCUACUCCCUUAUGCUGGAGAAAGUACAAAACGCAUUUUUGCGUUUCCUGUAUAAGCGGAAACUAGGUACCCGUACUUGUACCCGACGGCGUAUCUCGUCGGUUGCCUUGGAUACAACACUCUGGAAACCAGACGGGCUCUCGACCAGGCAACUACCUUGCUGAAAGUUAGCCGUGGCUUAAUAGAUGCCCCUGAUAUUCAUAACUAGCUGACCCGGCAAACGUUGUUAUGCCAUUUAAAGAAUAAUUCACGCGAUAGUUUUAUAAGUAAUAAUAAGUAAGUAAUUAUAGCCUGUACAUCAUUUUGUUCUAUUGUCAAUAGUUUUUGCAGCGCACGCAAAAAUAGGUUUUAGAUUUUACACCUUGUGUUACAAAAUAGCAAUUUUAUUACGGACCCCUAAUUUUGAAAAAAAAAACAGUCUAUAGCCUUCCUCGAUAAAUGGACUACCCAACACUGAAAGAAUCAUUCAAUUCGGACCAGUAGUACCAGAGAUUAGCGCGUUCAAACAAACAAACACUGCAGCUUUAUAAUAUUAAGUAUAGAUGAGCUGAUUCGAUUGUAUACACCUGACAAUUAUAUUCGUUGUAGAAAUCACCGUCUGCUGGCGGUAACCGCGUGUCGCACGGUAGCACGCACUGCAGCGCCCGUGCCGCGAGUCUUGAAAUUGUUUAAUCACCUCGUAGAAGCCCGCCCUGAUUGUGAUCUAUUUACUAAUAGACUUGAAGUGUUAAUGAACUCGCAUAAUAGCGUCUAACAAUUAUAGUUUAAUGUACUUGAUUAUUGUAAUUGGUGUUGUAACCGUUUUAAUCAAAAUAAAUAAAUAAAAAUGGUUUGAUCAGCCAAUGGCCAGGCCUGUAUUGAUACAUAUUUAAAAUCUGUCUCUCCCAAUAGUUUAAAAUAUUAGACAAAAAGUUGCAUAUGGGUAGAAGGUAAGUAGCACAUAAAUUAUCGCAAAUCGUGCGUAAAUCAUAAUAUUAUCGUAAUAUUUUUGUUGUGUAAGUUUAACGUUAAUUAUAAAUGUUUACGCAAUCUCAAAUUUAAAAUAAGUAUGGGUAGGUAAUUAAGCUAAAAUCAAUAUUUUUCCUCUUAUCAAUUAAAACAAUUUUGAAUGAAUAAUAUAGUUAAAUAAAAUAUUUAGUAUUUAAAUGUAUACACAGCAAAAUGAUAAUUAAAUUUAGUUGUAUGAAUUUAUAUCAGACAUAUUAUGUUGGCAUGAUUUAUUUAUUUUCUUGUUUUAUAUUUUCUAUUUUCGUAUUUAUAUUGGCUAUGACUAUGGCUGAAGGAACGCAUCAUGAAGCGGGGGAGGAGUAUUGCCGAUAUUGCGCGCUCGCUCACUCUUACCAUACGAAUAGGCAUGCACGGUUUAAUUCCGGAUUAUAGAAAUCAAAGUUCAUCAAAUAAAAAAUGAAGUAUUUAUUAUGUUUAAUGUUAUUUAUUUAAACUUUUCAUUUUAUAUACUAUAUUAGAUUUUUUAUGGUAGUAAGGGACGACACGAGCAGGACGUUCAGCUGAUGGUAAUUGAUACGCCCUGCCUAUUACAAUGCAGUGCCGCUCUGGAUUCUUAAAAAAACCCAAAAAUUCUGAGCGGCACUACUAUUAUUGCGCUCGUCACCUUGAGAGAUAAGAUGUUAAGUCUCGUUCGUAAGUAAUUUCACCAGCUACGGCGCCUAGUUAUAAUAAAUAAAGUGAUUUAUCUAACCAUUGAAAUAGAAUAUACCAAACCUAUCAUAACUCUCUUGUCGCUUUGUAAAGUCGCCAAUUUUGGUACUUAAAUAUUGUUUUUUAUAACUUAAUUAGGUAUAGGUACUUAGAAAUUGUCCCUUAAUACCGUUGAAUGCUUAAUGUAUAAGUAACUUUAAAAAAAUGAUUCUAUUUCACUUGACGAUGUUUAAAACUGUCUAUAUCUUAUAAAUAGUAACCAGUAAUGUGCUCUGUAAAUACCGAAUUUUUACAUAUAUAAUAUAUAGGUAUACAUUGUCAUACAUAUAGAUAAUCUUAACCCUAGAAUUAAACGUUUUAAUAUCAUUUACAACAGACGCCAUAUGUAUUCCAUUAAUUUAAAACAUGUUACUUAUAACUUUGGUAAAAUAGUUAUACGAUAUUAUUAUAAAUAAUGCAGAUAAGCAAGUGAUAUAAUCAUUAUGUUUUCUUGGUGUAAAUUCAUUUUAUUUCAAGCAAUAUUACGUUAUAACAUAUAUGGCAUUUGUAAGAAAAUCACCAAAAUUCUCGUUCGCUGUGAAGUUGUCACACGCACCUGUUGCAGCCUAGGAUGAAGUAUGAACUGAAUCUGUCAUGUGUGUACAGUCGUAAAAUAAAUAUAUAUAAAUAACCCUUUAACCCUGACAGAUCAAAAAGUACCACAUGGUAUGGACAAGCUUGGUUUCCGAGGUUGAUAAUUUGAACUUUCUUCUAAUGAGUUAAUAUACUGGUGAUAAUAAUCAAUAGACAAAUUAUUUUAAAUGAAAAUGUGGAAUUAUUUAUUACACAUUAAUUCUUUUUUUUAUAUUCCCAGAAAUGUUGUAUGUUUUUAUCGUUCAUGCAUAGUAUUGUUCGUUUGUCACAUCCAGAUAUAUGCUUCAUCGUAGGCACAUCCCGCAUUAGACCCUUCCAGGCCGUUUUUUAUUACUACACAACAAUUAACAGCAAAUUCGCAGCAAACUACACGAUUCUGAUGUAAUUUUUUAAAAGUACAGAAUAAAUGUUUACGCAAUCUCAAAUUUUAAAUAAGUAUGGGUAGGUAAUUAAACUAGAAUCAAUAAUUUUUCUCUUAUCAAUUAAAACGAUUUUGAAUGAAUAAUGUAAUUAAAUAAAAUAUUUAGUAUUUAAAUGUAUACACAGCAAAAUGAUGAUUAAAUUUUAUUGUAUGAAGUUAUGUCAGACAUAUUAUGUUGGCAUGAUUACUUUAUUUUCUUGUUUUAUAUUUUGGUGUUAAAUGCAAUUUUAUUGCGAGUAUUUGACAUUAGUAUAAAGUAUACCAUUUUGUGUAAACGUAAACAAAUAUUUAACAAUGUGGUACAUUAGAUUAAAUUUGUAACCAAAAUUUAUGAACAAUGCGGGACUCGAACCUCUCGGGUUCCGUCCGAGAUCGUGGGUUCGAUCCGCAUCGUUCACAAAUUUUGAUUACAAAUUUAAUAUAAUUAAUCCCAGAAGUAAGGAUAUCACUUUAGAAAUUACAAAUUGUUUGUGACUGAGUCCAAACAAUAAAAGUUUACUAUUCAUUAUUACCUAUAUGUUCUCUGUGCCUUAUCUUUGUAAAUACCUAUUUUGGUGUACUCGUUGUAAGCAAUGCGUCUUAAUGUUAUCAUUGAUUCCUCAUAAUAUUAUACUUAAAUUAUAAAUUCUAUCACUGGGUCAAAUAAAAUUUAUUGUUAGUUAAAGUGCAAUAUUUUAAGUGUUGUGAAAAUAAAUUCAUUUCCUUAAAUA